UCGUAGGGGCGUCCAGGCUUCACGAUCGAAGGGCGAUAAGGAAGGAGAUGGCCGACUAGAAUCAACACCGCUACUGAAUUGACUAUUUGUACCCAACACAUCUUCAAAGUUGAAGCGGGAAGAGGACGUUUCAUAUAUUUCGUCACUAUUUGGCAAUGGCAGAACAAAACGGCAACGUUAGAUACCAAGAGCUGGUGAAUGAGGAGGAGCCCCAGCCAUCCCAGGAGGGUCUUGCCCAGGAUGCACCACCACCCUACAGCAGCAUCGCUGCAGCAAAUGCAGCCUUCUUUGAAUACAAGGAAGAUGGAGGGCGGUUUCCAAACCCUCCGUCCUACAGUGUUGCCACCACUUUGCCCUCCUAUGACGAAGCCGAGAGGAGCAAAGAGGAGGUUGCCAUCCCCCUAGUCGCUGGGAGAGUCACGGAGGACGACUUUGUGGCCCGGGACGACUUCGAAGACACCGACCAGCUGCGAAUAGGAAAUGACGGCAUCUUCAUGCUCACUUUCUUCAUGGCGUUCCUCUUCAACUGGAUCGGGUUCUUCUUGUCGUUCUGUUUGACAACAUCGGCUGCCGGCCGAUACGGCGCCAUCUCUGGCUUCGGUCUGUCCCUCGUCAAAUGGGUUCUCAUCGUCCGGUUUUCUACCUACUUCCCCGGUUACUUUGAUGGACAGUACUGGUUGUGGUGGGUGUUCCUGGCUCUGGGCUUCAUGCUGUUCAUCAGAGGCUUUGUGAACUACUCUAGAGUGCGUAAACUGGCUGAUCCCACCUAUGCCACUCUGCCCCGAACGAGGGUGCUCUUCAUCUAUUAGAGGCUAUCGGAUGGCCGAGCUGGACAUGGCGGACGCGAGCAGUAACCAGAAGUCAGCCAGACGAGUCAUAGAUGAAGUCGACUCUCAAUAAGAUUUUCAGGAAUUGUAUCACUUGUUUUAUUUUCUUUUGCGACUUUAUUAAUGGAAAACGGUUAACAGUAAUAUUCCCUCGAUGUACUCAUUAGUGGCCAAUGUUACGUGCUAUUUACAUCCGUCUAUAUUGUGCAAGUGAUGCCUUUAUAUGAUUUGAUGGCGGCGUACGAGCAUGCAUCUGCUCUUAAGGUCGAUACAAAGGGAGCGUCUGAUGUUGGUGACACUUGAAGCCAGCAGGUAUGAGUCAACUCGGCAGGUAGGUUUGUCACAGCAUGCUUUGUAAUCUGCACUAAUCCUAGUUUUAUUGUGACUACUAUAGGCUUUACCUAAAUGCCACAUACACUUAUAAAGAUGGAUCCCAUCGGGCUGUAAGUGCAGUUGUACCACAGACGCACACAUCACCAACCUGUCGGCUUUAAGUUGCGCUCGAUUAACCAAGAGGGGGCAGUGUUGUUUGCUGCUUUUAGCUUAUGAGAAAUUGUUUAUUAUUGGUGUGCUCAUAUUAAAAAAUACAUGCUUGUGAUUCAAACACCGUGUCAGUAGAGCACAUUCAAAUUACAUCCAUGUACCACGAGUUAUGAUUUUCCCAGUUAGAUAUAUUGUUGUACAUUAAAUCAGGUAAACCACCAACCCGGGAAAUGUAAUUUAGGUCACAAAUCGGAUUUUAGAUGAUCCAGUCUGCGCUUUUCAUCACAAACCCAGAUGAACGGUAAAGGGCCGAACGCCGCCGCAUCGAGGGCUGACAGGGAGACGAUGCAGAGGGGUUUUCUUUUCUUUUUUUUGACAGCGACAGCAACAGGGAGGAUUUUUCUUUUUCUUUAUGGGUGUGUGAGCACAUUUUGUGGUUCACGUCCUCAGAAAGCCGGUGCAGACGUAACGGCCCGACCUUUGCGCCUCCCCUUCAUCGUCAGUGUCAUUGUCACCUUCUGCUAGUGGAGAUCUCACUCUUACGUUUGGAUCAAAUUAUCUUUAAAACGUACAUUUCAAUUUUAGUUUUUUUUUCUUCCUUUUUUGCCAUGAGAUCUAAUUGACCGUAAAGGGAAAUCUGUUUAUGGUUUUCUUUUUUUGAAAAUGAUUAAUGCGGUGUGAGUUGCUUGCUAUCUUGUAGGUGUUAUAAAUAUAUCAACGAAUGUUGUAUGCAGGUGCACUUUUAGAAACAUAGUCAAUAAAAGCCAGAGGACCGUCCCAUCA